AUGACCUCUCGCGAUGGAUACCAGUGGACUGAAAAGUCCGGUCUUGUCCAAGGCGUUCCCAGUAUCGGAGUAAUCCAACCACCAAGCAAUAUCGGCCAGAAACAAGAGCAAUAUGAUGUGAUCGUAGUCGGAGCAGGCUACUGCGGCCUAACAGCAGCGAGAGAUGCUGCAUUGAGUGGCCUCAAAGUCCUCCUCCUCGAAGGCCGAGAUCGAAUCGGCGGACGUUCCUGGUCAUCGAACAUCGAAGGAUACCCAUUCGAAAUGGGCGGGACAUGGGUAUCUUGGGGACAGCCACACGUCUGGCGCGAGAUUUCCCGCUACAAUAUGCGUCGAGAGCUGGAAUUGUCGUAUGACUUUACAAAGGGUGUGAAUCAUUUCACUAUGACAUCUGCCGACGGCAGCCGGAAUAUGAGCCACGAAGAGGAGGACAAACUCAUGCAAUCCGCAUUAGAGAAGUUCGUCAACGUGGACGGCAACAUCGGCAAGACAAUAAUGCCAUUCCCGCAUGACGAAUUCCACAAUCCCGAAGUGAAGAGAUUCGACAAACUUUCCGUUGCCGACCGCAUGGCCCAGAUCAAGCACCAGCUCUCUCCAGACGAGUACACAGCAGUCCUCAGCUUUGUCAUGCUUUGCAGCGCCAGCACGCCAGAGAAGACAAGUUUCUACGAGUUCCUGCAUUGGUGGGCGCUUUGCAAUUUCUCGUACGAGUACUGCAUCGAGUAUCUCGUCAAGUACAAAUUCCGUGGCGGGCAGUCCAGCUUCGCGAUCAAAUUCUUCCAAGAAGCAGUGGAUACUGGAAGGCUCUCUUAUGCUUUCAACUCGCCAGUCGCCAGCAUCACUCAGAACCAGCAGAGGGUAGAAGUUCGCACGCGCGCUGGAGAUGUUUACCACGCCGCCCGACUGAUCUCAGCUGUACCGCUGAAUGUGCUGAAUGAUAUUGCGUUCUCGCCACCUUUGGCUCAAGGCAAGAGGGCUGCUGCUAGCACUGGACAUGUGAAUAAGUGUGUCAAGGUCCAUGCUGAAUGCCGGGGUUCCGAGUUGCGAUCAUGGACUGGAGUGAACUAUCCUAACGGCCAGCUCCUGUAUGCUCUAGGAGACGGAACCACUCCGAAUGGCAAUACUCACGUUGUGGCAUUUGGUGCCGAUCAUAAUCGAUUGACACCCGAGAAAGAUAUCGAAGUCACCAAGCAAGCCUUGCAAGAUCUGACCAAGAUGGAGUUGGAGCGAGUCUUCCACAACUGGGCUGAUGAUGAGUUCGCGAAAGGCGCCUGGUUCUUCUCUCCUCCUGGCCUGGUAACAGAGAGUCUCGACGACAUGAGAGCAAGACAAGGGAACAUCUUCUUCGCGAGCUCUGACUGGGCUGUAGGCUGGCGAAGCUUCAUCGACGGUGCGAUUGAAGAAGGUACACGAGCAGCGUUCAAUGUGAUCCAAGACCUGAAGGCGAAGAAGGCCGGUGGUCUCAUUAAAAGUGUCUUAUAA